GUCUCAUCCCCUAGAACUCCUGUACGGAGCCAACAGAUGACAUCUCAAUCUCCCUUUAAUACAAAUUUGCAUUCCUACUUGGAUACUUUUCUGUGACACCAUGGACCAAGAUGGACUCUCAGUGGUGGUGACCCUUUUCUCUAGCAUUCUCCUGGUGAUCGUCCUAGCGUUGCUCUGCUACUUCACAUGCAGGCUAACCAGUGUGCUGCCGAUUGGUGGGGCCACACGUUUCUGAGCUUCCCAGAGAUUAGAAGCCUAUUUCUAUGGCACGUCUUGAUCUAGUUCGGGAGGUCCCUGGUAACUCUGCAGUCCAGGCAACACGUCAAACGUAGAAAGAAAGCAUCAUGAAGGGGACAGUCCUGCUCAUCAUCUGCUCAGGCUUGACCUGGGGAGUUCCUGGGAAACCUCUGUUUCCUGACCAGGAGAAAGAUCCCAGCUUCUGGAACAAAUGGGCCCAAAGUACUUUAAAGAAUGCCCUCCAACUUCAGAAACUCAACCAAAACACUGCAAAGAACCUCAUACUCUUCCUCGGUGAUGGAAUGGGCAUUCCCACAGUGACAGCAGCACGGAUACUGAAGGGGCAACUGAGCGGAAAGAGUGGGGAGGAGACCCAGCUGGAGAUGGACAAGUUCCCCUUUGUGGCUCUUUCCAAGACAUAUAACACCAAUGCUCAGGUAGCAGACAGCGCGGGCACAGCAACAGCUUACCUCUGCGGGGUGAAGGCCAAUGAGGGCACUGUGGGGGUUAAUGCAGCUGCCACCCGCUCCCAGUGCAACACCACUCAGGGUAACGAAGUCACCUCCAUCCUCAGAUGGGCCAAAGAAGCAGGCAAGUCUGUGGGAAUAGUGACAACAACACGUGUAAACCAUGCCACUCCCAGUGCAGCCUACGCCCACUGUGUGGACAGAGACUGGUACUCUGAUGGCGAGAUGCCGGCUGAGGCUAUACAGGCGGGCUGCAAGGACAUCGCCAGGCAACUCUUUGAGAACAUUCCAAACAUUGAUGUGAUUAUGGGAGGAGGGAGGAAGUACAUGUUUCCCAAAAACCAGUCCGAUGUGGAGUAUCCUGGAGAUAAGAAACACUUCGGAACUCGCAAAGAUGGAAGGAACUUGGUGGCAGAGUGGACUAACCGAAUGAAAAACAAGCAAGCCUUCUAUGUAUGGAACCGGAAGGAACUUAUGUCACUUAAUCCUAAUAAUGUGGAUUAUAUUUUGGGUCUGUUUGAGCCAGGGGAUUUGUUAUACAACUUGGAAAGAAACCCUGACACUGAUCCUUCCUUGACCGAGAUGGUGGAAGUGGCCAUCAAGAUCCUAAGGAAAAACCCCAAUGGAUUCUACUUGCUUGUAGAGGGGGGCCGCAUUGACCAUGGGCAUCACGAGGGCAAAGCCAAGCAGGCUCUUCAUGAGGCAGUCGAGAUGGACCGGGCUAUUGGCCUCGCUGGCCUUUUGACCAACAUACAUGACACCAUGACUGUUGUCACUGCUGACCACUCUCACGUGUUCAGCUUCGGAGGGUACACGUCAAGGGGAAACACAAUAUUUGGACUGGCUCCAAUGUUUAGUGAUGUGGAUCAGAAGCCCUUCACUGCUAUCUUGUAUGGUAACGGACCAGGGUUUAAAGUUGUUGACGGUCUGAGAGAGAACGUCUCCACAAUUGACUAUCAGGAGAAUAACUACCAGGCCCAGGCGGCAGUGCCGCUGAGUAUGGAAACUCAUGGAGGAGAGGAUGUAGCUAUAUUUUCUAAGGGCCCCAUGGCUCACCUGUUGCAUGGUGUCCACGAGCAGAACUACAUUCCCCAUGUUAUGGCCUAUGCUGCCUGCAUUGGCCAGAACAGAGACCACUGCAUGUCAUCCAAUGGCGCCUCUGGACUCGGCCCUGCUCUAGCCAGCCUGACAGCUCUCCUCACACUUAACCACCUCUUCUGCUGACCUUUCACCCCACUCCCUUCAAUAAUUCACAGGCCCUUCCUCUCAUUUUACUGUAGAUGUAUUACUCCCAGCCUUCCCUUGUGAAAUAUAUACAAUAUGUAUGUCUUUUCUAGUGUUGAUUUUUAUUCUUAUAUUCCUCACAUUUUGAUGACUUUGGGACCACUGUAGGGCAAUUAACGGUUUGUGUUAUGAGCCUGGAUGAUGUCCACCAGAUUCACUUUGGAAAAAUGAGGGCAUUGCCUUUAUUCUGCUGUGACAUACAGUGCCUAAUAAAGGUAUUCACCCCCAUGGACCUUUCCACCUUUUAUUGUGUUCCAACAUUAAAUAGUUUUUGCCACUGAUCCACACUUUUCUGUUUUAUAUUUGCCAAUGUUCUUUUUUCACUUUCUCAUUAAAGAAGUUUUUUGUGUUGGUGAGUGGCAAACAUUCCUAAAUAAAUCCAUUUUGAUUUCAUGAUGUAACAUAAUAAAAUGUGGAUAAGUCCAAGGGUGGUGAAUACUUUUGAGAGCUACUGUAUAGGAUUGUUGUUUCAGUACUUUAUAUUCAUAAUUGUGGUAAUACUUUAACUGUUUGAAUUAUUCUGUCAUAUUAAUGGGUUUCAGAUAAGGGUAUCAUUCAACAUUUUUAUCAAUCAUUGUAUAGAAAAAUAACCUAUCAGUAUUAAUGAAAAUUAAAUGUUGCUGCCCACA